AUGGUUAUCCCUAGUCCAUUUGUGUAUUGGGCCCAAACAGAAAAUGUUAUAUCACUAAGAAUCGACCUAAAAAGUGUUGAAAAACCUGAUGUUAAAGUUCUAGAAAAUAAUAUUAAAUUCUCUGCUGUAGGAAUUGGCGCACACGGUAGAACGCAUUAUGAGUUCAGCCUAGACCUUUUUUCACCAGUAAGAACUAACACUGCUGAUGAAGGACAACCAACCACAGUUCGUGUUCUGGACAAUAGAGUGGAUUUAGUUAUACAAAAAGAAAAGACUGCAUGGUGGCCCCGACUCACAGCCCAGCCCCAAAAACCAGCAUGGUUGAAGAUAAACUUUGAUUUGUGGAAAUCGGAAGACGCACAGGACAGCGACGAAGAGAAACGUGACGUUAUGAAAGACUACCCGGGCAUGUAUGAAAAACUGCAGAAGGAAGAGAUUGGAUACAGGAGAGAAGAGAUGAUAAAAGUGUACCUGAUAUUGUACAACCUGUUCCAAUUUGUUGGAUACACGUACAUAUUGGCUGUGAUAGGAGUGCGUUAUGCGAAAUUGGGAUAUGACUCUGUGGCUGAUACAUACGAGCAUGUGGGCCCCGCUAUGAAGUUUGUACAGCUGAUGCAAUACCUGGAAGUUAUGCAUCCCAUGUUCGGAUACACGAGGGGUGGGGUAUUGACACCGUUCUUACAAAUAAGCGGGCGAGCAAUGGUACUCUUUGUGAACAUUGAGGCUGAGCCGCGCAUGCAAACCAAACCGGUGGUCUUCUAUCUGUUCAUCAUAUGGAGUACAGUCGAAGUCAUUAGGUACCCGUUCUACAUAACACAACUGUACAAGAAGGAAAUAGGUUUCCUGACAUGGCUACGAUACUCGAUAUGGAUAAUUCUCUACCCGUUAGGAUUCUUAUGCGAGUCAGUAGUCAUACUGCGGAACAUUCCGUACUUUGAGGAGACGCAAAAGUUUACUGUGUCUAUGCCCAACGAGUGGAAUUUCGCCUUCCAUAUGCCGUCGUUCCUCAGGUUUUACUUGUUAUCGUUAGCAAUGGCCGGAGUUUUUCUGAUGAAGCAUAUGUACAAAUUGAGGACUGCCAAGCUGAAGCCAAAGAUCGUCAUAAGGAAAUGCAAAGACCUCACGCUACACUAG